AUGGCUAGUCCUCCUGUUCUAGCUUUCGACGCCGAGGGCCGUCCGGUCAAAUUCGAAACCUGGCUAGAUGACCUGCACCUGUUCCUACAGCUCACUGCCAAGGAAGAUAUUACACUGUACGACCACGCUCUCGGCCAUGCGACCGCCCCACUCGCUACUGCCCCCCCAGCUGAGCGCUCACAGUGGCAGACCCGUGACGCGCACGCUCGCUUUGCUAUUCGCAACUCCCUGCCGCUAGAUGAGCGCGAGCACUUCGGCCAGUGCAAGACUGCUAAGGACCUCUACACAGCUGUAGUGGCCCGCUACUCCUCACCCGCUUCUGCCACGCUAGGCCGCCUCACUCUCCCCUACCUGUUCCCCGACCUAGCCUCCUUUCACACUGUCGCAGACCUCAUCACCCACCUUAAGACUAGUGAGGCUCGCUUUCGCGCUGCCAUGCCUGACGAGUUCCUCGCUAGCAACCCCCCCCCGCUCUGGAUCACUCUCUACCACGUUGUCACCCGCCUCCCUGACUCUCUGCGCCCUGUCAGGGACCAGUUCCUCUCUCGCUCCCCCACUGAGCUCACCGUAGACCUCCUCGAGAAGGAACUGCUUGCAGCCGAGGCUAGUAUCGUCGCUGUAGGCACCUCUCGUGGCGACCCCCGCGGCCCCUUCUUCGAGGGGUGCUCCCCUUCCCCCCUCCUCCCCUCUGUCGCCUCUGCUGCUGCUGUCGACCUCCUUGGUGCUGAGAAGGUCGGGGCUGCGUCUGCUUCAGGCGGACGACGCAGGGGCAGGAGUGGCAGGAGUGGGGGUGGUGGCGGAGGAGGCGGGGGUGGAGGUGGUGGCGGUGGAGGUGCGACUGGAGAGGCUAGUGGCGGCAGUGGUGGAGGUGACAGCGGCGUUGGGAGUGGUGACAGGGGCGGAGGUGGCAGCGGAGGCGGAGGUGGUCGUGGCAGCGGCAGGGGUGGAGGUGGCCGGGGCGGAGGCGGAGGGGGUGGUGGUCGUGGAGGCCCGGGGGGCGGUCAGAGUCAGCAGCCUGCCCCGACCCUUCAGGCCGCCCGUGAGUGGUAUGCGCGGCGCAGCGUCACCUGCCAGUACGUUAUUCGUACAGGUGACCGCACUGGCCAGACGUGUGGGGGGCCGCACCAGACGGAGCGCUGCUUCGCCCGCCUCAACGAUGCGUGGCGCACCCAGUUUCCUGGUGGGGGUGAGCUGCCGCGCUGGGCUGAGCUGCUCAGGAAGGGUGUUGAUAUUUGGGCACUGGACUUUGAUGCUAUUCUCACUGCCAUGUAUGCGAUGUCUAUUAGUGGAGAGGGUGCUCAGUACUUGCGUGUUCCGCCCGACCCGGGCAUUCAGGCCAGCCCCGCUGCUGCUCUAGGUGCUAGUGUGUCUGCUUCCACAGGUACUACUGCAGCUGCUGCUCUAGGUGCUUGUGCGUCUGUGCCCCCUGGUACUGAGUCGACUGCAGCACUGCACACCUUCACACUGGACUCAGGUGCUUCUCGCUCUUUCUUUUGUGACCGCACUGUCCUUGAGCCUCUAGCUCGGCCGGUUGCUGUCUCUCUUGCUGACCCCUCUGGGGGUCCGGUCCUUGCGACCUCCUCCACCACCCUUCCGUGUCCAGCGGUUCCGUCCGGCACGCUCUCAGGUCUCUACCUCCCCUCGUUCUCCACGAACUUGGUGGCAGGUAGUGCGCUCCAGGACGGGGGUGUUCACCAGUUCACCCCUGCCUACGAGCGUGUGACUCACUGCACGUGUGCUCGGACGGGCCGCCACCUAGCUACUUUCACUCGAGAGCCGGGGUCUGACCUGUACACACUGACCACUGAGUCCCCUCAGGUAGCUGCGUCUGCGUCAGCGUCAGGUCAGCUGUCCGCCCCCUGCUCGUGUCGCUCUCUGGCGAACGACACCGUCCUCUGGCACCACCGCCUUGGUCACCCGUCUGUGCAGCGCCUGCGGGCCAUGCACAAACGGGACCUUGUUGCUGGUCUUCCCAGGGUACUCCCUCCCCUUCCUGACUCCCCUGCUCCUGACUGCAUUCCCUGUGUCGAGGGGCGGCAGCGCGCCGCUCCUCACUCCUCCUCCUUUCCCCCGACGACCGCUCCCCUGCAGACGCUCCACAUGGACGUGUGGGGCCCAGCCCGCGUCCGUGGUCAGGGUCAGGAGAGGUACUUCCUGAUAGUUGUUGACGACUACUCGCGCUACACCACGGUCUUCCCCUUGCGCGCCAAGGGUGACGUCCCUGGUGUUUUGAUCCCCUGGAUCAGCCGAGCCCGUCUCCAGCUAGGCGAGCGCUUUCACUCGGACUUUCCUGUCCUGCGCUUGCACUCUGACAGAGGUGGUGAGUUUGCCUCCGACCUCUUGGCAGCCUACUGUGCUGAGCACGGCAUUGAGCAGUCGUACACGCUUCCGGCCUCUCCACAGCAGAAUGGGGUUGCUGAGCGCCGCAUUGGCUUAGUCAUGGAGGUCGCUCGUACCUCCCUGACCCAUGCGGCUGCUCCCCACUUUCUGUGGCCGUUUGCGGUCCGGUACGCUGCGCAUCAGCUCAACCUCUGGCCCCGUGUCUCCUUGCCGGAGACUUCCCCGACUCUGCGGUGGACGGGAGAGGUUGGCGAUGCGUCGCGUUUCCGGGUGUGGGGAUCCCGAGCUUUUGUCCGCGACACGUCUGUGGACAAGCUCUCCCGUCGCGCUCUUCCCUGUGUCUUCCUUGGCUUUGUUCCCGACGCGCCUGGAUGGCAGUUUUACCACGUCACCUCGCGCCGGGUUCUGGCCUCUCAGGACGUCACUUUUGACGAGUCCGUCCCCUUCUACCGCCUCUUCCCCUACCGCACUGCCCCCCUCCCCCCUCCGCCGCUCUUCCUCACUCCAGGUGCUGAGGUACCCGACCCCCUCCCCCCUCAGGGUGCCGCUCCCUCAGGUGUGUCCCAGGUAGACCCGGGUGAGCCUGUCGAGGUAGCUGUUGACUCGCGUCCUGCGUCUGGGGGUGCUGAGCCUGGGAGUGCUGAGUCUGGGGGUGCUGGGCCUGGAGGUGCGGAGCCUGGGGGUACUGAGCCUGGGGGUACGGAGCCUGGGGGUGCUGAGCCUGGGGGUGCGGAGCCUGGGGGUGCGGAGCCUGGAGGUGCUGAGUCUGGGGGUGCUACGUCUGGGGGUGCUGAGCCUGAGCGUGCUACGCCUGGAGGAGCCCUCUCCUCCCAGCAGCUGCAGGAGAGGUACCUCGAGUACUGCCGCCUCCGGAGAGGUGCUGCUGGAGCUCGUCCCGGUACUUCCCCUCCUUCCCAGGAGCUCCCCCCCAUUCAGGUGAUUCGAGAGUGGUACACACGGCGCUGCAGUCUUCGGAGUGGUCCUCCUGGCGCUGCGGACCCGGGCGUUGGAGCUGCUACAGGUGCUGAGGACCCGGACGUUGGAGCUGCUCCUGGUGCUGCGGACCCGACUGGUGGCGCUGCUGCUGGUACAGAGGACUCGGACGUUGGAGCUGCUGCUGGAGCUGAGGACCCGGGCGUUGGAGCUGCUACUGGUGCUGAGGACCCGGGCGUUGGAGCUGCUACUGGUGCUGCGGACCCGACUGGUGGCGCUGCUGCUGGUGCUGAGGACCCGACCGGUGACGCUGCUGCUGGUGCUGCGGACCAGGGCGUUGGAGCUACUGCUGGUACUGAGGACUCGGGUGUUCGAGCUACUGCUGGUGCUGAGGACUUGGGCGCUGGGGCUGCCGCUGGUGUCCCUGCUGCUUCUGGAGACGCUGCGCGGCCGCGACCAUACUUCGUACCGCUCCUUCAGCAGGUUCUUGGUCAGGCUCCUCCUCCUGGUCCUCCUCCCUCCGUCGAGGGUCCUCUACCUGUCCAGCCGCAGUCACAGUUACCGCCCGCCUCGCCUCUCCCUGCUCCCUCUCCUUACGCUGGUCCCACAGGAGGUCUUACAGAGCGUCGUGAGCCUGAGUCUCGUCCUGCGUUGCCUGUUCGUUUCGCUCGCACUGGUCGUCGUGUCCCACGUGAGCGUCCUCCUCCUGUCCCUGGCACUCACUACAUGACUCUGCGUCCCUCCACUGCUCCGCAGCGUGUCCCGCUGCCGUCUCCUCCUGCGUCCUCCCUACCUACUCUUCCUGACCCGGAGUCUGACGCCCGUCGUGCUGCCAGUCCCACUGUUACGCGUCUCCUUGCUACCGUUGUCACUGACCCUUCUUUUGAGUCCGCCGCUGCGUCUGCUCUGGUCGCUGAGUUAGUUGACUUUGCUGCUUGCUGUCGCCUAGACUACGCUGCUAGCCUAGUGGCUGAACAGGAGGAGUUCCAUUGCUUUGCUGCUGCUUUGCCCCAUCUCGUGUCCAUGCUAGUUGCCCCUGAGGGAGACCCGGAUGCACCAGACAUCCCGACCCCGCGCACUUACGCUGAGGCGAUGGCGGGUCCCUACUCCUCUCAGUGGCAGACAGCCAUGGACGCAGAGAUGGCUUCCUGGAAGUCCACACGCACCUACGUCGACGACGUCCCCCCUCCUGGGGCGAACAUCGUCAGUGGCAUGUGGAUUUUCAGGGUGAAGCGGCCGCCGGGUUCUCCGCCUGUCUUCAAGGCGCGCUACGUGGCUCGAGGCUUCAGUCAGCGAGAGGGAGUAGACUUCUUCCAGACCUUCUCCCCCACCCCGAAGAUGACCACUCUUCGGGUGCUGCUACACAUAGCCGCUCAGCGCGACUACGAGCUUCACUCACUUGACUUCAGCACUGCUUUCUUGCAGGGCAGCCUGCACGAGGAGAUCUGGCUGCGCCGCCCUCCUGGCUUCACUGGGCCGGUUCCUCCUGGCACCCAGUGGAGGCUUCAGCGGCCGGUCUACGGUCUCCGCCAGGCACCACGUGAGUGGCACGACACACUGAGGACGACACUUGCGACUCUUGGGUUCGCACCUUCUACAGCUGACCCGUCGCUGUUCUUGCGCACCGACACUUCGCUGCCGCCGUUCUACAUCCUCGUGUACGUCGACGACUUGGUCUUUGCCACUGCUGACACUGCAGGGCUCGCCUACGUGAAGUCGGAGCUGCAGAGGAGACACACGUGUACAGACCUGGGUGAACUGACAAGCUAUCUUGGCUUGCGGAUCACCCGGGACAGAGCACGGCGCACCAUCACCCUGACUCAGUCGCACAUGGUGCAGCAGGUUCUCCAGCGCUUCCGCUUCACGUACUCCUCGCCUCAGUCCACUCCUAUGGCUACCGGUCACUCGCUCUCAGCUCUGCCUUCGGAUGAGUCCGUAGAGUCGAGUGGCCCGUACCCAGAGCUUGUGGGCUGCCUCAUGUACCUGAUGACCUGCACUCGACCUGACCUUGCAUACCCUCUUAGCAUCCUUGCACGCUAUGUCGCUCCUGGCCGUCACAGGAAGGAGCACAUGGAUGCCGCUAAGAGGGUGUUGCGCUACUUGUGCAGUACGUCGGGCAUGGGGCUUGUGCUUGGAGGGCGAGACCGAGUUGUUCUCACAGGGCACUCAGACGCUUCUUGGGCAGACGACCAGGCCACUCAGCGGUCGUCUCAGGGUUACUCCUUCAGCCUUGGCUCUGGCUCAGUUUCUUGGCGCUCUACACGCUCUUCUUCUGUUCUCAGCUCCAGUUGCGAGGCUGAGAUCUACGCCACAACCAUGGCUGCCCAGGAGCUACGCUGGCUGACCUACCUGCUGACCGACCUUGGGGAGCGGCCUCGUUCUCCUCCAGUGCUGUACGUCGACAACCAGGCAGCCAUUGCCCUGUGUGAGGAGCACAGACUGGAGCACAGAACGAAGCACAUCGCUCUGCGGUACUUCCUUGCUCGAGAGCUGCAGCAGCGAGGUCAGCUUCGUCUGCGUUACGUGGCCACCGAGGCCAACCUUGCUGAUGUGUUCACCAAGGCACUUCCGCCUGUUGACCAUCAGCGCUUUUGUACUCUUCUGGGCCUUGUGCCUACUGGACCUCACUUGCUCACUUCUUGA